GUGGAUUUUUGGCGUCACCCCAACCGCCUUGGCCACCCCGUGGACCUGCGGGUGCCCUUCCCCAGCCUCCAAGGAGUCAAAAAAUUCCUGGAUUUCCAUAAUUUUUCCUACAGCAUCAUGAUUGAGGAUGUGCAGGAAUUAUUGGAUGAAGAAAAGGAAAGCAUGAGGAGGUCUAGGAGGGUGAAGAGAAGCUCCAGGAUGUUUGAUUUUGCCUCCUACCACACCAUAGAUGAGAUCUACGAGUGGAUGGAUGUCCUGGUGGAGGAUCACCCCAGGCUGCUCAGCAAGGUCCAGGUGGGGCAGAGCUACGAGCAGCGGCCCCUGUACGUGCUGAAGUUCAGCACCGGGGGAUCGAACCGCCCGGCCAUCUGGCUGGACACCGGCAUCCACGCGCGGGAAUGGAUCACCCAAGCCACCGGCGUCUGGACGGCCAACAAGAUCGCCAAGGAAUACGGGCAGGACCCCUCUGUCACGGCCAUCCUGGACAGCAUGGACAUCUUCCUGGAGAUUGUCACCAACCCUGAUGGCUUUGCCUUCACCCACAGCUCCAACCGCCUGUGGCGCAAGACCAGGUCCAUCAACGCCGGAUCCCGCUGUGUGGGAGUGGAUCCCAACAGAAAUUGGGAUGCUGGGUUUGGAGGUGCUGGCUCCAGCAGCAAUCCCUGCUCCGAGACCUACCAUGGCCCUCACGCCCACUCCGAGCGGGAAGUGAGAGCCAUCGUGGAUUUCAUCCGCGCCCACGGCAACGUCAAAUCCGUCAUCUCCAUCCACAGCUACUCCCAGAUGCUGCUCUUCCCCUAUGGAUACAGGAGGGCGCCCGCGCCCGACCACCAGGAAAUGAAUGAACUGGCCAAGAAGGCCGUGAGCGACUUGGCCGCCGUGUUUGGGACAAAAUACACCUACGGCAGCAUCGCCAACACCAUCUACAUGGCAGGAGGCACCACCAUCGACUGGGCCUACGACAACGGGGUGAAAUAUUCCUUCACCUUGGAGCUGAGGGACUCGGGGCGCUACGGGUUCCUCCUGCCCAGCUCCCAGAUCGUCCCCACUGCCACCGAGACGUGGCCGGCGCUGCUGGACAUCAUGGUGCACGUCCUGGAGCACCCAUACUGACCCAGCACCGCCCCCAGCGCUCCCUGCUCUCAAUAAACCCUCAUGGACAUUCAGUGGUUUCAAGCACGCUCAUUAUUUUUCAUGCUAAUCUCCAAAGAAAGGGUGGAAAAGGACUCCCAGUCCUGCAGGUGUUGAUUUUCCCCUCGUGGCUUUGGCUCAAAGUCCCCAUCCUUUGGAGCCAACAGCCAGCAUGGGAGGAGGAGAUAGGGUUUUUUGGGCAAGCAACCCCAAAUUUGUGGGGUUUUGAGCAGCUUUGCUCGAUCAUCCUUU